CCAGGCCAGGCGCUAAGACUGCUGGAAGGGGGGUGCGAGCCCACUGAAACUCAGGGCCACGGGGACAGCUGCCCUGUGCGCCGGCGCCUGGAGGGCCGGCCGUGGACGUCGGCUGAUGUCGGGUCAACCCACCCGAGUCCGGCUUUUUGGUGCUCGACUCGACUUCGCAACUUACCAUCAUGUUCGGCGCAGCCCCGACAAUUGUGACGUACAGCUACCAGGCGGCAAUUGGCACGUCCUGCGGGAGGCGACGGUGCCCCUCGUUAGCCCCAGAGGCAGGCCCACGUGGAGGAGCAAAUUGGCCAGCGGGAGACUCACGCGGGACACACGCCGGAGCGGGAAAUGAAUUAGGCACACCGGUAUUAAUUGUGCAUCGAGGACGCGUGCAUGGCGGCGGCGGUUGUUGGCCUGCCCGGGUGGGAAUUUGCGACGUGCCGCAUUGGAACCUGCAGGGUCCUCUUGCGUGCGCAGUACUUCCCCUGUCCCGACUUUUCAUGGGCCUUCACCCCCCAAAGAUGCCUUUGGUGAUGGUUGCGCUCUGCAAAGCGAGGCCCAGGAGAUGGUACGAGCUGAGGCGUUGCCUGGCCGUGUCAAGCCCGGGUACCGUCGAGGUACAGCAGCCUCUGCCUGUUGUUUUUCUGUUCUUUUCUUUUUUUUGAAUGCUGCAAGAGUGUGAAAGCGUGGGAGUGGUGUGGUGGCACGAAUACAACUCUUCGCUCUCAUCCCGCAGCCCGUAAGGCAAGGUACCUGACAGGUA